UUGGGAAUCACCACUGAUAGUAUGUGGAAAGAGAGUUUCCAUAACUCAGGAAAUAAACAUCUUUAAACAUCAACUGAAAUAUCGAAAAAUCUUAUAUUACUGUAAAAGUAAAAAGAAUUUGAGGAUUUGGUUGUUGGAUGCUUUGCCAAUCAAAUUUAAAGGAUCUUUACAUCAGCAGAUAUCUUUUGAUUCCGUAGAAGUUCAACUUAGGCCCACUGGAGACGAAUCCAGUCUCGCUCACUGUUGACACGCAGAAAACAACUCCAGCUCGUUAUAUUGUGCCAAUUGAUGUUUAAAGUUAUUUUAAGAUAUUUUAACGUUUAUCCUGUGAUAGAUGUGAUCUUGAACAAGCUAAAAGCCACUUCCUACAUCAUAUAAUUGCCCAGAUUGUUAAUACGUCUUUGUUGUCGUCAAAGAUGGAGGAGACUUCUAGCGAGCAUAAGACUUUGGCAAAUAAAGAAAAUUCAUUUUCAUAUCGCGUUGAUUCUGAUUUCCAAGCCGUUCCAAACGAGAAAGAACAAGCAUUAAUCCAGAACAUAAGGAACCUUGCCAAUGAAAAUGAAGCGGUUAAAAAGAGUCUGACAAGGCACAAUCAACUUCUACAGGCUUACUGCAAAGAUCUAGUUGAUCUAAGGAGAAAUUAUGUGAAAGAAAAGGAUGCAACAGCAGAAUUGAUAAAAAGACUCAGAGAUGAAAAUGAUGUUUUGAAAAAAAAGCAUUCAGGAUCUGAUUUGAUGCAUUCUGAAUUGGCUAAUUGUCUACAAGAUUUAGCAAAAAGAAAUGAGGAAUCCAAGAAUUCAGGAAAGGACCUUGUUCUGAAAACUCCAGUCCAAGAAACUCAUAGGAGUUUGCUAGAUUCAUUUUUGAUGUCCUUAAAAGAUGGAACUUUCAACGCACCAAUAUCUAUUGAACAAAAUGUAGAUUGUGAAAAUUUGAAGGGAAAAAUUAGCCAGCUGAAGGAAGAAUUGUUGGAGCAUAAGGAAAAUACAGAAAAACUUCAUUUGCUAGAAAAGGAAAUGGAGAAUAUAAAAGCAGAGAGUUCAGAACUUCGUUCGAGUAGCGAAAUGAUGAAGAAAAAGAUUAAGUUUCAACAGCAAAGGAUUGAACAGCUAGAAUUUGAACCAUCCGUUGAAAUUAUGCAGAUUGCAUCUCCUGAACAAACCAAAACGAUUGAAAAUCUUAACCAGGAUUUGAUAAAGGCCAAUGAAAAAGUUAUGUCUUUGUGUGAGGAAAAUGAAUGUUUGAAGAAAAAAAUCAGCAGCCUCAAUGAUGUAUGCUUGCAGCUUACUAAAGGCUCUCCUCCUGAAGAAAAGGCUAAUGACCAAGAGCCUGCGUCAAUUGAGCUAGCAAUUCAAAAUCUGAAGGAUCAAAUUGAACAUGAAAAAAGUAUCAUUGCUGAAAUGGGGAAGGCAAAGAAUGAGCUAGAAGAAAGUCUAAAGGAACAACAGAAGAAGCAUUCUGAAGACCUGGAAGAACUGGGACACCUGAAACGCACCAAUGAGAUGAUGAGAAAAAUGGAAUCGAAAGAUAUGGAUAGACUAAACCAAGUAACCUUUGAACGGGAUAAUUAUAAAAAAGAAUGCGAAGAGAAGAUUUUGAUCAUUAAAGAUCUACACAGACAGCUUCAAAGUUCUAGCCAGGCUACGGACGAAUCUUUGAUUGAGGAUGUGACACAGGUCGAGCUUAAGGACUCAUCUGACAUUCUCACAAGAAUCGAACGUCUUGCUAGGCAGCUUUCCGCCGGCGAAGAAACGAUUGGCAUCCUUUCCGAAGAGAACACCAAUCUGAAAACGGCGUUAAAAUCUAAGAUUCAGGAUUGCCAAUGUUCAGAUCUAGAGAAGAAGAUCGCCGAGUUGCUUGAGGAGAACGAAAACUUGCAGGCAGUCAAAUCGGAAGGUGAAGAAUUACUUAAAAAAAAUUACUACGAGGAGAAAACCAGAAGAGAGAACUUGGAGAUGCAAAUCGAAGCGAUUCAAGAAAACCACAUGAAAUCAGAGAGAGAUUUCAAAGAAAGGCAGGAGAGGGAUGGGAAGAUAAUAUUCCACAUUAAGGAGGAGCUGAAGAAUGUGGAAAAGGAGCUGAAGGCUGGUCACAGGCAGGAAGUCAAUGAAUACGUUGUGGUGUUAGAUGACGCAAGGCAGAAAAUUUCAGUGCUGGAGGCAAGUCUUGCCAAGUCGAAAAAAGAUUUUGCAAAGUUAUGGCAAAACUUUCAAGCGAAGGUUGCACAGAUUAGCUCAGUAGAGGAGCGAAGGAAAGAACUUGAUGAAGUUUUUAAUUCUGCGAAGUUGAAGCAUUCCAAGUUGGAAAAUAUUCUUGAAGAGAGAUUCGAGGAAAACAAGAAACUUGUUCAAAAACUUAAAGAGAAAGAGGCUGAAAUCCAAAGGCUCGGUGAUGAAGUCCAGACAUUAGAUGCUUAUAAAGAGCAGGUGAAAGUUUAUGAAUCAGACUUCAGGAUGGAACGAGAAGCAAGAGAGAAACAGCAGGGUGAUAUCCUUGUCUUGAGGGAAGAAAUACAUCGACUAAAGCUGGAAAACACUCGAUUGCGCGAAGAUGUAGAAUCAGUUCACAAGCAUAAUCUCCACGAGCUACAAAGAAGAUAUGGGCCACUCACACAAGUUCCACAGGGCUAUCAUAAUAUCAACCCUCAUGCCGGAAUUUAUGGUCGAGGUGCGCAAGCCCCGGAUAACCGCAUGGACCACUCAAGAAUAUAUGAUUCGGGGAGAGGAAGUUUUGAAAUGCCACCGCAGGAGUCAGACCAGGUGAUGCAACGCGCAUGUCCGAAAUGUCGCAUGACAUUUCCAGAUCUAGAUACUCUGCAGAUCCACGUCUUGGAGUGCAUUGAUUAAGGCCAUCCUGGCCCUUGCAACUGUACAAGUUAAUUUGAUAAAAUCGUCAUCGUCAACUACCAAGUACCCCAUUUGAUAUGAUGGUACUUUCAAUUGUAAAUUAAUAAAACUUGAACUUUAACUGUUUAUUUUAUGAUUUUAGAUAAUAUUAAAGCUUAAGAACUCAACAUUGUAAUGACGACCAUGGUUCAAAAUGAUAAUGUUGAAAAUAAUGGAAAGGAAAAUAGUAUGGUGAAAAGAUUAAGGUGAAUCUGAGACUGAAAAUGCAAACAUUUAAGAGCCCUUUUUUGAGUGAAAUCUUUUGGAAACACAAUAGCACGCAUUUUUUCCGUGUAGAUGUACAGUAUCGUGUAACCUGUAAUCAUGUGACUCGUUUAUUUUGCAUUUGGAUCACGAUCAACUGGAAAUGUAUCCAUGCAGGAAGGGCAAUAGUUUCGUGAGAAAAUCGAAGCGAAGUCGAAAUUUCUGUUUUGCUAGUUGAAGUAGCUUGCUAUUCAAAAACUCAAUUUAGAAGCAAGUUAAAUAUCCUGUUGGGGCUCAGUGACUAUGUCCAGAAUAAGGAUUUUUGUUACUGGAUGUUAAUAACGAAAGUGUGGAUUUAUAAUAUCAUUCUUACUGUCGUUCAUUUUGGUAUUGAAAUAUUAGACCGUCAUAUUAAGAUAAAUUUGAUCAUAAUACUGAUGAUAA